AUGUUUGCGCUGCCCCUUGGCGUUGCAAUUGCGUGGUCGCACGCCGGUGAGAUGGAAACCAACGUGCUCCUCAACACUUUACGUCAAAUGCGACAGGCACUCUCGCUCAUGAUCAGCGCCGUGCUCCGAACGACGCCCUUUGCCGUCGUUUCUUUGAUCGCCGGUGCCAUCUCCACCUACAACACGUCCGGGUCGACAAUCGUCUCGCAGGCCGGGUUUUUGAUUUUGGCGUUCGUCACUGGCGUCGUGAGUCACACGCUGCUGCUGAUGCCGUUCUUGUUCUUCCUCUUUACGCGCGCCAACCCGUACAAUUACAUGAAGCAGCUCGUGCCCGCCUACAUGUAUGCGUUUGGCUGCUCGUCGUCGAUGGCAACCCUGCCCGUGGCCGUGGCCGUCGUGCACCAGACUCGCCAAGUCUCGCGCUCGAUGGCACAGCUCGUCAUGUUUCUUGGGACACCGGUCCACAUGAACGCUGCGGGCGUGUACUAUCCGCUCAUGAUGAUCUUCCUCGCGGGCAUGUCGGGCGCCAACGAUAAGAUCGGUACGCCGCAGCUUGUCGUGCUCUUUUUCGUCUCGCUGAUUGGCUCGAUGGGCACGGCACCGGUGCCCAAUGCAGCGAUCGUGAUGCUCAUGACGGUCUGGAAGACGGUGCUACCGACGACGCCGCUGCCAUUGUCGUUCGUGUACAUUGUAGCCUGCGACUUUGUUUUUGAUCGGCUCUCGACCGUGACUAACGUGCACGGGAACAUGUUUGUCACGCGGAUCUUGGCCCAACGCUACGACGACCCGGUCGCGGCGUGGUCGGACGAGACGAGCGAAGACGCCCGGACGCCAGUCCCAGGCGUCUAA